UUGGGAGGAAGAGGUAGAAGUCAGAAAAGGGGGACAUGGCAACAAUGUAAGAUCACCGUUUGGAAGCUGAUUCGAUGAAAACAUAUUUCUGCAUCUGUGUGUGUUAACUUCCACUUCGACACGGAAUGAUUGUUGAUAUUGAGGCUACUUUUUUAUGGGAGCUUUCUGGUUUAAAGCAGCUGCUGAGUUCUCCACAUAAAAACGUUGACUGUAUUUAAGACAUGUUGCAGAGGUGAGCAGACAUUUCCAACAGUACUUUUCCAGAAAUCCCCGCACUUCGGAAUUCGCCGUCGGGGAAUUGCGGGUGGAGUGCGCAGGCGCUGAGAGGAAGACGGGCUGGCCCGAAGACUGCGCAUGCGCUCAGUGGACGAAAGGCUCCCGUCCGGAGGAUCCAGUAGGUACGGGUUUUGGGGCGGCGGUGUCAUCGGGAUUGGGCCCUUCUGUCCGAGUGAGGUACAAGCUAUUCAGAAAACACUGCAUCUCUACAGCCUGGGACUGGCCAGCCCUGCCCCCCACCCCAUAAUCGGCACCCGGGCCCCGGGGAAUUUCUGGCUUAUAAACAAAAUAGCUAGCGCCAUUUCCGCUGUGUGUACGUCUCCCCGGGGCCAGGAUGGGCAGAUGGGUUUCUGGGUUCGGAGACAGUCGUGGCUGAUAUCUCCAGCGCUUUCUCCGCCAAUCCGCAGGGCGUGUUUGCAAGCGCAGACGGAGCGAAUGGGAGCCGGUCGAUCUCAAAGUUCAAAGUAAAAUUUAUCACGUGUCCCAGGGUUGUGUGAAGAGCCAAAGAGAUGCAUCUGCUGUCGACCUGUUUGCUCUGGUAGGCAAACUGGAGCAGAUCCAAUUCACCACUCAGACAGGAGCUGAUAUGCUUUGACACCAGCCUUUGAAAAUACUUCCAUCACUGUGGUUGAGAGUGGCACUGGGCAAUAGUCAUUUAGACGGGUUACCAUGCUCUUCUUGGGCACUGGCAUGAUUGAAGCCCACUGAAAGCAGUUGGGUACCACUGCUGUAGAGGGAGGCUGAAGAUAUCCGUGAACACACCAGCCAGUUGGUCAGCACAGGUCUUCAGUACUCAGCCAGGACAGAAAAUGCAAAGGAUUUGUGUACGGCAAUCUCAAACACAACAAUAUGAUCUGCUCUAUCUGCCAGCACCUGAAUACCAUUCGCCUGUGAAUGUGGAGGAAGUGAAGCUGAAGAAGACAGCACACCAGUCGCAGCAAGUAGAAUCCAAACACACAGGGGAGAGGCCGUUCACUUGCUCUUUGUAAGGGUGAGAGUUGGAUAAACCCACCUGGAGUAAAACCUGGUAAAGUGUCUUCAGUUGUUGAAGAAGAAGACAGAUAUUUCCUUUGUAUCACCAGUGUAUCAGUAGAGCCUCACUGAAACCCAUUGGAAUUGGGUGCUGAGAACACACCAGAUAUGUUCACUAGAUAUCAGUUCUUCAACUGCAUUGAUUGUCUGAGGAUUCACCACAUCUGACAUCUGACUUUAUGAAUUGACAGCAGGAUAUCAUUCACUUUCUCUUAAUGUGGAAAGGGAUUCACUCACUCAUCCUACCCCCAGACACACCAGUGAGUUCACACUGUGCAGAGGCCAUUCACCUGCUCUGUGUGGGAGGGGGUAUAUUCAGACAUCCAGUCUGGAGGUAUUACAGCAAGUUCAUACCAUAAUUAAACGGUUCACCUGUUGUGACUGUGGGAAGGGAUUCAUGCUGUCAUCCAAGCUGAAGACACAUCCAAAAAUUCACACCGAUGAGAGGCUGAUCACCUUCUCCGUGUUGUUGGAAGAGAUCUGCACGCUCAGCUCACCCACCCGCACACGCGGGUAGGAAGGCGUUCACACACUGAUCUCACAUCAUGAGUCACCAGCGAGUUCACACUGGGGAGAGGUCAUUCUCCUGUUCAGACUGUGGGAAGAGUUUUACUCAGUUAUCCAACCUUCAGAAACACCAGCGGGUUCACACUGGGGAGAGACCAUUCACCUGCACUGAAUGUGGGAAAGGAUUCAUUCAGUCAAGCCACUUACAGACACACCAGUCAGUUCACACUGGGGAGAGACCGUUCUCCUGUUCAGACUGUGGGAAGCGAUUUACUCAGUUAUCCAACUUGCAGAAACACCAUCGAGUUCACACUGGGGAGAGGCCGUUCACCUGCUCUGAAUGUGGGAAAAAAUUCAGUAACUCAUCCAAUCUGAUGGACCACCAGCGAGUUCACUCUGGGGAGAGGCCGUUCACCUGUUCUGAAUGUGGGAAGGGAUUCACCCAGUUAUCUAACCUGCAGGCACACCAGCGAGUUCACACUGGGGAGAGACAAUUCACCUGCUCCGAGUGUGGGAAGAGAUUCAGUAACUCAUCCAACUUGAUGAACCACCAGCGUGUUCACUCUGGGGAGAGGCCAUUCACCUGCUCUGAAUGUGGGAAGGGAUUCACUCAAUUAUCGAAUCUGCAUGCACACCAGCGAGUUCACACCGGGGAGAGACUAUUCAGCUGCUCUGAAUGUGGGAAGAAAUUCAGCAACUCGUCCAAUCUGAUGGACCAUCAGCGAGUUCACACUGGGGAGAGACCGUUCACCUGCUCUGAAUGUGGGAAGGGAUUUAUAAACUCAGGCCACCUGGAGACACACCAAUCAGUUCACACUGGGGUGAGACUGUUCACCUGCUCUGAAUGUGGGAAGAGUUUUACUCAGUUAUCCAACCUUCAGAAACACCAGCGAGUUCACACCGGGGAGAGACCAUUCACCUGCUCUGAAUGUGGGAAAAAAUUCAGUAAUUCGUCCAACCUGAUGAUGCAUCAACGUGUUCACUCUGGGGAGAGGCCGUUCACUUGCUCUGAAUGUGGGAAGGGAUUCACUCGAUUAUCUCACCUGCAAGCACAUCAGCGACUUCACACUGGGGAGAGACCGUUCACCUGCUCUGAAUGUGGGAAAACAUUCACUAACUCAUCGACUGUAGUGAGGCACCAGCGAGUUCACUCUGGGGAGAGGCCGUUCACCUGCAUUGAAUGUGGGAAGGGAUUCACUCAGUUAAUUAAUCUGAAAGCACAUCAGCGAGUUCACACCGGAGAGAGACCAUUCACCUGCUCUGAAUGUGGGAAGAGUUUUACUCAGUUAUCCAACCUGCAGAAACACCAGCGAGUUCACACUGGGGAGAGACCGUUCACCUGCUCUGAAUGUGGGAAGAAAUUCAGUAACUCAUCCACUGUAUUGAGACACCAGCGUGUUCACUCUGGGGAGAGGCCAUUCACCUGCUCUGAAUGUGGGAAGGGGUUCACUCAGUUAUCUCAUCUGCAAGCCCACCAGCGAGUUCACUCUGGGGAGAGAUCUGCUCCGAACAUGGGAAGAAAUACAGUAACUCAUCCACUGUAUUGAGACACCAAUGAGUUAACUCUGGGGAGAUGCUGUUCACCUGCUCUGAAUGUGGGAAGAAAUUCAGUAACUCAUCCACUCCAUUGAGACAACAAUGAAUUAACUAUAGGGAGAUACUGUUUACCUGCUCUGAAUGUGGGAAGAGAUUCACUCAGUUAUCUCAUCUGCAAGCCCACCAGCAAGUUCCCUCUGGGGAGAGAUCUGCUCUGAAUGUGAGAAGUGAAUGACUCAGUCAUCCAGCCUUAUGAAGUACUCUACAUACACGUGCUGGAUGUUUAGCCAACAUCCUGGCUGAAUGCAGAGGCAAAUUCAAAAGUGACAAUUCAGGGUUAGAAUGCAAUUACUGCCCCUGCUCGUCCCACCCAGUUCUGCACCCUGGUCAGUGGACAUGGGAGGAGUUGCUUCCUCUGAUGUUGACCAUUAAUGGUUCUGGAGUUUAAUAUUCUGAUUCUCUGACAAAUAAAUCAGUUUUAAACUUAUUUUGGGAAUUAAGUGCAUGCACAACAGAACCAGUAUAUAAUAGGGUGUCAACUCAGCCCAGUUGGUCCCUGACAGGGUUUCUGAUCCAGCACAGAGCUUUUAUAUCUGUCCCUGCUCUUCACCUCCCUGUGGUGGUGGGUUCCAAAUUGUCACCACUCUGUGGGUGAAGAGGUUUCUCUUCAAAGAAAUUCUCUGGGAGAAGAAGAAGACAAGCUCAGUGCAAUUAUAUCUGAAAUAAUCUUCGUAUGUUCUCCCCAUGGAAUACUUGGGGUGUUCCCCAGGUGCUCAGGUAUCCUCCCAGAGUCCAAAGAUGUACCAGUUAGUAGGUUAAUUGAUCAUUGAAAAUUGCCCUGUGAUUCAGUCAGGGUCAAUUGGGUUUGUCAGGGAUUGUUGGGGUGGCGUGGCUGGAAGAUCUACAAGAGCCUACACUGCAUUGUUUCACUAAAUAAAAUCUCUGGGCUGAGGUAGAAUGACAUUGGUUAUUAAACUCCUUCACCGCUCUUUUCAUCAUAAUAGAUCAUUUUCCCUAUUUACCAAGGGUUGUGUGUCACACAGCUGGGUUGUUACAAUACACCACUGCCCUCUAAAGUCUGAAAGCAGACUGGGGAAUCAUUAAUUAGAUGUUCAGUUGAGCAGGGUCACAAUCCAGAGAUGGGUCAGUAGGGGGCAGGGUUUAGAACUCUGGACACAAAUAUAUCAGUUUUCAACCCUCGGACAAGAGGGCGUAUUUCAUCCCAGCUGGAAACAUGCACCUGCUUUGUGUCUGAAAUGUAGUUUUGUUUAAACUUCUCACUGAAGCCCAUUGGAACUAGGGGCUUGAGAGCACACCAGCACAUUCUCACUAGAGAUCAGCUGCUGAACUGCUGAGAGAUUUGUCUGACCUGACGAGACACAUAGAGAGCUCACAGCAGGGAAAAAUCAUUCACCUGCCAAGUGUGGGAAGGGAGUCAAGCAGUCAUCCAUCCUGCAGAUACACCAGCCGGUUCACACUGGGAAGAGGCCGAUCACCUGCUCUGUGUGUGGGAGGGGAUAUAUUCAGAAAUCCAGUGUGAAGAUACAUCAGUGUGUUCACACCACGGGGAGACAGUUCGACUGUCCUGACUGUUCAAAGGGGAUUCAUUCUGUUGUCCAAACUGAAGGCAGAUCAGAAAAUUCACACUGGGAAGAGCUCGCUCACCUGCUCCAGGUGUGGGUGGGAAGAGCUCGCUCACCUGCUCCAGGUGUGGGUGGGAAGAGCUCGCUCACCUGCUCCAGGUGUGGGUGGGAAGAGCUCGCUCACCUGCUCCAGGUGUGGGUGGGAAGAGCUCGCUCACCUGCUCCAGGUGUGGGAAGGGAUUCAUUUGGUCUCAUCAACUGCUGAAUCUCAAUAUCGUUCACACUGGACAGAGGCCAUUCUCCUGCUCUGUGUGUGGAAUGGGAUUUAUUCAGGCAUCAGAGCUGGGAGGGGCCUUUCAGCUGCUUUAAAUGAAUGAAGGGAAUUCCUCAGUCAUCCCGCCUGCUGAAAUACCAGUCAGUUCACACAGGGGAGGCAGUUUAAGUAACUCAUGUUGAAUUUUUAACCCCCACAUUUGGUGAAUUCGGCUGCAAGUUCAGUAGUGAGUGUUGGUGUCCGAUUCUGCAGCAGUUGCUGCCCUGCAUCACGUGUAACAAAACUUUGGUCUCUGGGCACAGUAUGGGUUUGUUUUGUUGACUUUACAUUUAAUUUGACUGUAGUUUCAUCUUUUGAAUCUGUGAUAAAUA